AUGUGUAAGGCCGGUUUCGCCGGUGAUGACGCUCCACGUGCCGUUUUCCCAUCUAUCGUCGGUAGACCAAGACACCACGGUAUCAUGGUCGGUAUGGGCCAAAAGGACUCUUACGUUGGUGACGAAGCUCAAUCCAAGAGAGGUGUCUUGAGUUUGAGAUACCCAAUUGAACACGGUAUCGUUACCAACUGGGACGAUAUGGAAAAGAUCUGGCACCACACUUUCUACAACGAAUUGAGAGUUGCCCCAGAAGAGCACCCAGUUUUGUUGACUGAAGCUCCAAUGAACCCUAAGUCUAACAGAGAAAAGAUGACUCAAAUCAUGUUUGAAACUUUCAACGUUCCAGCCUUCUACGUCUCUAUCCAAGCCGUUCUUUCCUUAUACUCUUCCGGUAGAACCACCGGUAUUGUUUUGGACUCCGGUGAUGGUGUUACCCACGUUGUUCCAAUCUACGCUGGUUUCUCCUUGCCUCACGGUAUCUUGAGAAUUGACUUGGCCGGUAGAGACUUGACCGACUACUUGAUGAAGAUCUUGUCUGAACGUGGUUACGCUUUCUCUACUACUGCUGAAAGAGAAAUUGUCAGAGACAUCAAGGAGAAGUUGUGUUACGUUGCCUUGGACUUCGAACAAGAAAUGCAAACCUCUUCUCAAUCUUCUGCUAUUGAAAAGUCUUACGAAUUGCCAGAUGGUCAAGUCAUCACUAUUGGUAACGAAAGAUUCAGAACUGCUGAAGCUCUUUUCCGUCCAUCUGACUUGGGUUUGGAAGCUGCUGGUAUUGACCAAACUACUUACAACUCUAUCAUGAAGUGUGACGUCGAUGUCCGUAAGGAAUUGUACGGUAACAUUGUUAUGUCCGGUGGUACCACCAUGUUCCCAGGUAUUGCUGAACGUAUGCAAAAGGAAAUCACCGCUUUGGCUCCAUCUUCUAUGAAGGUCAAGAUCAUUGCCCCACCAGAAAGAAAGUACUCUGUCUGGAUUGGUGGUUCCAUUUUGGCUUCCUUAUCCACUUUCCAACAAUUUGAAUGGCGGCACGCCGCCUGUCGAGGACGACGGCACUGGCGUCGCUUUUGA